AUGUCAUCUGUUAUCUCUGGCUUCUUUCGAAAGGCUGGUCGAAGUUUCGUUGAUUAUUGGUGUAGGAUAGGGAAUGAUUAUCGUAUUGUAGCUAAAGAAACCUUGGAAGGUUGUAAAGAGAAACCAUUCAAGGCAGGAAUAUAUUUUACUGGUCUCGGUGUUCUCGUGUACGCUUACCGUACAAACCCCACCGAAGCAAGCAUGUUGAAUGAUUUACGAGAACGACGGCAAACUAUGACAUUACUACCUAUAUCUAUUCAUAACAAACAGUCUGAUGAUGAACUUGCCGAACGAUCUAUUUUAUUAUGUCAAAAUCGGCUACAUUAUUAUAACCUUUGGUUCUUCUCACUACUAGUUCGAUCUACUCACGAUAGUUCUAUUUGUACAUAUGAGUCUCAAGAUCCGAAUCUCAAAGACUGGAUAUGGAACGAGUUCUUCUACAAUAUUCAUGAUGUCGGAUUUUUCGGAAAAUGGUAUAAGCUAGAACAGAAAUUCAAAGAUUAUGACAUUAACGUGGAUGAGCUGGCGGCGUUACCCACGUAG